AUGUUGGAAGAGGGAGGCGUUCGGCUUGUCGUUGCCUUUGUGUGUUCCUUUUUGAUCCUUUGCUUGUCCCCGUGGUUGUUGCGGCCGAAAAGAGACGCGGAGGAAGAGCGCCACAAGCACUACACUGCUAGGCAGAGUAUGAGCGAAGACGACAACGAUGAUGACGAUGAUGACAACCACAACGAUUGGACAUCUUCGGCGGCGGAUCAAUUGGUGGAAGAUCUCCUCUCUCGUGUGGGUGCUAGUACAGUGACCGCUACCACAGAUGGUUUACUGGAGGAUGCUGCUUCGGUGUUUGGUAUUAGUCGAUCAUCAACAACAGCAUCACAUGCACAUGUAGUAACCCCACUACUACUACCACUGAGACGAUCCAUCAGUCUCCCCCGGAAAUUAGACACUUCCUUCUUGUCGCUUCCCCCCGCCAGCCGCGACACGUUGGCUCGUCCUUCGCGACUCCAACUCCGGACUCGAUCCGUCGAUGCCUUGACGCGAUUUCCGCACAGUGAACAACUCGCCGUCUUGGAUACGGCCAAUCGUCGACGAUCUCGACUCGUCAUGGAUCUACUCUAUGCCGCGUCCAAUAACAACAACAAUCAUGGAUGGCAACAACCACGACGGGCUCCUCCUCCCGUGCCACCGCAACCACGAUGGCGUGCCGCACGACACUUGGCGGCUCCUCGUCAUCCUCAUUUGGCGAGACCGCAUCACCGUCGUCGAGUAGUACCCGAUCGUUGGGCACCACCCCCGGAUCACGUGCGACUGCAAUUACUCAUGGCGCGAGAACAAGCUUUUUUGGCAUCGUCCGCAUUGCAGCAACAACAACAACAAGCAUCCGUGGACGGAGAAUCAUCCCUAGUAGUGGAUACGACAUUGCAACGCAAUCUCAAACCCAUUCAAGGAAAUGAUCCCGAUUGUACCAGUUUUACACAAAUUGUCUCUUCCGAUGAAGGAGCCCAAUUAUUGGCGACGGCAUUGGAACACAAUACAGUCUUGCAGACACUUCAUUUGCAUCCGUCCGGAUGGAAAGAUUUGGGUAUGAUUAAGAAAAUUGCCAAAAUCAUUCGUCAGCAUGUUGCGCUAGAGGAAAUUCAUCUCUAUCAAAACAACAACAAUGAACGCCAACAACACAAUUUUGUCUCGCAAUUGGCAUGGGAUAUACUCAUUCAAGCCAUGCAUCGGAAUCCACACAUUCAACAGUGGGGACUCCAUUUUGCCGCGUCGUCACUGGAACAAGAAACCAUUACCGAUACCCUCUGUCACUGCAUUGCCACGUGCACCCAUCUAAAGACGUUGCACAUUAUUGACGAACAGUAUCGGGGAUCCAUGGUGCUCACAACCGGCAACAACAACAAGACAAACAACAAUACUAAUGCGUCGCCCCAUUGCAAAUUGGCGCGUGCCAUUGCCCAAGCUACAGCACUUCAAACAUUGCACCUCCAAAAAGUGGAUCACUCGUACAUGGAGUAUCUCUUUCGAGAAUGCGCUCGUUCUACAUCAUGUCUGCAAGCACUUCACAUUGAAUCGACCAGUCAUGCCGGCACGGCAGGGCUCGAAACAUUUCUUACACAGCCAAGCUGUCAAUUGAAAACGCUCCAAUUGAAACACGUGCAGACAUUUCAACGGGUGCACAUGGAUCAGCUCGUGGGCGGAUUGACAAACAAUAAGACGGUCAAACAUAUUGCCUUUAUGGAUUGUGGAUUCCACCCCGAAGUCGUACGGCCACUUCAAGAUUUAGUCCGCAAACGAUUGGAUUUGGAAUCCUUUCAAUUAACACGGUGUCAAGCCGAUCCGACCAUGGCUGUAUUGACCUGUUUUCAAAAUAAUCAUUCCCAGGUGGCGUCCAUUACCAUGGGAUAUUCGUUGGGGAUUGAGGAUCGAUUGGGAGGAGAUGCCAUUCGCAGCGUGUUGCGGUACAAUUCCACCUUGCAAUCCUUGAAUUUGACGGGAAGUCAUCGACUCGGGCAAGUGGGCCUGCGGCAUUUGGCACGUGGAUUGGGUAAGAACUCGACACUUGCGAAACUGGAUUUGUCGCAUUGCAGUGUGCCACUGCCAUCCUUGGCGCUCAUGAUUCAGCACGUUACCGGGAAUCCCACUUCCGCACUGUCGAGCAUCAACCUGAGUCACAAUUCGCUCAGUCAAGGAGGAGUGCGGUUGUUGGUGGACGAUUGGUUGUUGCAUCCCAAUAGUCAGUUGCGAGAACUCAUUCUCAAUCGGUGUGACAUGGUCCCGGAAGCGACAUUGAUGCUGAUUCGGGCCAUUUCCAACAACACGACACCGUUGGAAGUCCUCGAAAUGAUGGAAUGCGGACGAUUGACGGUCAAUGCACUGCAAGAGAUUGCCGAAUCCUUGUUUCGAAUGGGGAAUCUGCGCGUAUUAAAGGCGUCGUGCUUCAAAUCGGCCGUGCAUACGAUUCGUCCCGUGCCAGCACACGCCGCAGCUCCGCCUGCUGCUGGCAAUAAUAACGACAACGACUUGCUCAUUGCUAUGAAUGACGACAGCGACGAUGAAGACGACAGUGACUUGGAAGAUGAUCCCAUCGUCGUUGCUGCUGUGGUGGAAGCAGUGGCCAAUCGAAAUGCCAAUGCUCACCUUCACAAUAUUCAGCAGCAGCCGGAACCAGCCAUGACGGGUUCCAUGAGGCUGCUACGGGAAACAUUCUUGGCAGGAUUGAUCCACAAUCAACGACUGGAGCACAUUUCUCUGGUGAAUGUACUGGAAUGCGUCAUGAAGCCAAAGGAUGCCGCCCGGGUCCGCGCUUGGAUGGAUUUUUGUGGCAAGCGGAAUUGUUUGCAGCCUCUAUUGCAACAGUCCGAAAUCCCACUUCUGGAGAUCCUGUUAGAUAUCGUGAGGGAAUGUCGGGAUCCACGAACUCGCAACCUGAAUGCAACGGGGCUCUCCCUCACGUACCAUUGCCUGUGCAAUAGACCGGAUGCUUUGGAUAGGGUUCAGCGCAUGUUGACUGAAGCCGAGCGGUUGGACGAAAUGAAAGUAUCUUCUGACGGUGGUGUGCCUCUGCAAGGUUGA